CCCAGCAUCCGUUCUGAUUCAAGAUGGCGGCAGGAUGCCACUUCCGGUAAGGUGAGCUGAGGAGCGGCUGUUCUUCGGUCGGUUCCUGGCGGGGGGAAAAAAGAAACACUGAAAGUGACACCGCUGGAGCCAGCCUCUUGAGCCAUGGCUGUAGUUAUGGCCAAACGGGAAGGCCCCCAGUUCAUCAGCGAAGCGGCCGUCCGAGGGAAUGCGGCUAUCCUGGAUUACUGCAGAACAUCAGUGUCUGCCCUCUCGGGAGCGACAGCAGGCAUUCUCGGCCUGACCGGCCUGCACGGAUUCAUCUUCUACUUCCUGGCCUCUGUCUUGCUCUCGGUGCUUUUGGUCCUAAAAGCUGGGCGGCGGUGGAGCAAGUACUUUAAAUCUCGGCGGCCCCUUUUUACUGGGGGCCUGAUCGGGGGUCUCUUCACGUACGUCCUCUUUUGGACUUUCUUGUAUGGCAUGGUACACGUCUACUAGGAGGAGCGCACCGAGCUAGAACGGUCCUAAAGGAGCGGGGCGAUGGCUGCCAAACCA